UACAAACCUUAUUUUAAGACGAUCUAUAGCUUAUACACUACUGAUUUAUGCAGUUACUGUUUAACGAUUCAAGUUAUUUAACUUGUUGUGAUAAUCAAGGUGUUGUCUCUCAAUGAAAAUCAACAAUAACAAAAUAUGCCUUCCUAGUAACAAUAAUCAACAAACUGCGCGAAUGGAGACGCUGAAAAAGAUCAAGGUCCUGAAUCAUCCUGCGGAGAGUCCGUGGACGUCCACCGCUCCACUGCAAUCGGUAACGUCCACCAGCAAGCAACUAGAAUGCGAAGAGUCCUCCAGCAUCAAAGAGGACGAAACCGUCCAGAUGGAUGAUGUGAAGGAGGAAGGUGAGAAACUGAAAAGCAUAAACGAGAACCAAGAGACGAACGCAUCUGGUGCACCGCCGGACAACAGAAGUUACAUCCGACACUCGUCCAGCCAGUUCUUCCACUUCGUCCGACUCAUGCAGCUCUUCCCCAACGUCCAUCCGGCCACCCUUCACACCGUCAUGACCCUCUGCAAGAACGACUUCUUCAUCGCCGUGGACAAACUGCUCUACGCAAAGAAAUGCAAAGAGCUUUACCAGAACAGGAGGAAUCUCUUUCAAGGCUAUCCUAAGCAUCAACGCUACAGUCCGUACAUGUGCAACACUCCCUACUGCCAGAACGUCUCGUGCGCUGGUAAACCGCAGGUCAUCAAGUUGGACGCGAAGAGGAUGAUUUCCAGGAACAGAUGCGUCCCGAAAAUUGCCGCUGAUGAAGGCGCGAGUACUUCGAACUGCUCCGAUCUGCCACCAGUUAGCCUGCAAUGUAACGUUCCUAUUAGGCCCUUAUCGCCCGUCAGUGGAGACAUUUCUGAUCCGAAGGAAUCUCCAGAAAACUUGGAAAAUAUUUCCUAA